UCCGGAGCGAAACACAAUGGAGAAGGUUUGUUUUCAGGCGUCGGAGCUGAUCAGCUGCGAGUGGUGCAGCGUUCGGAAACUUCCGGUCUUGUUCUUCCAGACGACCCCAGAGGAGUGCGUCCGCCUGCGCACACAGCUCAACAUGUCGAAGGAGACGGGAGGACAGUGGUACGACUGCGCCGGGGACCAGUCGGAUGAGAAGUACAUCGUUUUGAUCUUCGAGAACGGCCUGGCGAUGAAGGAGCAGAUGAUCCUGGAGGACAUUCUGGGCGAGAUCGGCCGGAACAACAACCUCAGCAACUUCCCCGCCAAGCUGCCCUUCGAGGAGGCCAACAUCCGAUUGGUCAACUACAACAAGGCCUCCAAACAGAAGGAGGAGAAGGUGAGCGUGGAAAACCGUCUUCUUCACCCGGUUCAAAUCUCGAGUUAA